CAUAGAUCGAUCUGCUUUAAUAAAGCGUCCAUUCGCACUCCCUGCAUAUACACUCGUUCCAGUCAUUCAAGCACGAAUCUGUCGGAGCGCAGUUUCUGUAUACUCUCCUUUCACCCAAAAUCAUCGCCGAACGAAGAUCAUGGGCGUCAAACCGGCUGGAAAGCCACACUACGAAUUCCUAGGACCACCAGGUGCAGCUUUUAUUGUCUUCGUACUGCCACUCCUUACCUACGCGACCGUCUUUUUCUGCAACGAUGUCUCAGGUUGCCCGGCUCCGGGCCUGCUGAGUCCCAGCACCCUGUCCCUUGAGAAGCUCAAAUCACAAAUUCCAUGGCCGGAGGAAGGGCUCCUCGGCCUGUUCGAUGCAGGAGUGUUUUGUUGGACGUUGUCAUUCUACGGCGCCAGCCUCCUUCUACAUUUUGUACUGCCUGGAGACGAGGUUGAUGGAGUUGUCUUGAGCAAUGGAGGAAGACACCACUACAAAUUCAAUGCCUGGAGCUCUGCCAUGUUGAUCAUGGCUGGUCUUGCUGUUGGAACUGCCAUCCAAGGCGCCGAUUUCGUGGUUUGGACGUUCAUCUGGGAUAAAUUCCCCCAGCUGGUCACGGCCAACCUGGCCAUCGCAUAUGCUUUGUCUGCUGCUGUCUACCUGGCUUCGUUCAGCAUCCCUCAUCCGGGCCAGCCAAACCCAGACAAUCGCGAGUUGGCCCCUGGCGGUUGUACAGGAAACAUUUUGUACGACUUUUUCAUCGGUCGAGAACUGAAUCCACGAUUCAAACUGCCUGGUUGGAUUCCCAUUGCGGGUGGCCAAGUUCUGGACGUCAAAGUCUUUAUGGAAAUCAGGCCUGGGUUGUUGGGCUACAUCAUUCUUGAUCUAGCAUUCAUCGCUCACCAAUACAAGGAGCACGGCUAUGUGACCGACUCCAUCCUCCUGAUCACAUUAUUCCAGGCGCUCUAUGUGUUCGACUCACUCUAUAUGGAGCCAGCUAUUCUCACCACCAUCGACAUCAUUGCCGAUGGGUUUGGCUUCAUGCUUGCAUUUGGAGACAUCGUCUGGGUGCCAUUCAUCUAUAGUCUCCCAGCACGAUAUCUGGCAGUCUACCCACUUUCUUUGGGGUUUACUGGUAUCACUGCCGUGCUAGGGAUACAAGCCGUCGGAUACUACAUCUUCCGGUCAUCCAACAACCAGAAGAACCGCUUCCGCACGAAUCCGAGUGAUCCACGCGUCUCACACCUGGAAACAAUCACGACCGAGACAGGUUCAAAGCUGAUUGUUUCUGGAUGGUGGGGUCGUGCUCGCCAUAUUAACUAUCUUGGAGAUUGGAUCAUGGGAUUCUCAUACUGUACACCUACUGGCGUUGCCGGUUAUGUCAUCCACAGCUACACGAAUCCGGUUACUGGAGCCGUGACCAGGGAGCUCACGCAGGGGCCAGCACGUGGUUGGGGCAUGAUUUUCACCUAUUUCUACAUCGUCUACUUCGCUGUUUUACUCGUCCACCGGGAGUUGAGGGAUGAGGAAAAGUGCCAAAAGAAGUAUGGUAAAGAUUAUGAACGCUACUGCAAGCGGGUCAGAUGGAGAAUCAUCCCUGGGGUCUAUUGAUCGAGCAAGGUUCCCCAGGUCCAGACACCUGGUACUUGGGUUAAUGCAAGCAGCUUCCAUGUGGCAAGCGGGAAAAUGCCAUCGCUUUAAGCGAGUCGAUUGUACAGUGUACAUAAAUAGAUGCAGAAUUAUUCAAUAUCGGAUUUCUCGAUGUCGGCGCACGGCAGAACCAACAUGAUCUCUCCUAUGACCAGUUACAACAAUUUCGCCGUUUCUGGUAGGAAAUGCUUGAGGAUGUCUGGGCGUCGGCAUAACAAACCCUCGACACACGCGUCUUCUUUGAGGGGUCAACAGCAUGCUAUGUAUCAAUGGCAAUCAAA